UAAAUUCACGCCGUUUUUUCAGGCUGAAUUUUGAUUUCGGUUUCAGAAAAUCUGCUUUCACUUGUAUUGGAGAUCCGAUUAAUGAUUUACUUGUGGACUUUUUGUCAUAGCUUCACGUAAUAAAGUUCUCCAAAUGUCGUAUGAAAAAGUAACUGGUCUGCGUUUGUCUGUGGCAGUUCUCACUGUCAGCGACACAUGCUCCAAGGAUAUUUUACUCGAUCAAAGUGGCCCAGUUGCUGAAAGUUUACUCCAGGAGGCAGGAUUUAACGUCCCGUUAAAAGAUUGUGUCCCGGAUGACCCACAUAUUAUUCGUCGCGUAAUUAUGAAAUGGGUAGCUUCUCGUCAAGUAGAAGCCGUACUUACGCUAGGGGGUACAGGUCUGUCUAGAAGGGAUGUUACUUCGGAUAUAAUUAUUGAGUUGGUUUCCCAAAAUCAACGUCUACAUGGUAUUGAGCACUCUCUUUAUUCUAUUUCACUUCAAAAUACCCCGAUGGGUGCUUUAUCGCGAUUUGUAGCUGGAGUAUGUAAUGAAACUCUACUAAUAACCUUACCAGGUAGUACACGCGCAGUUUCUCAGUGUAUCCCAGUUAUUCUUCCAGUAAUGAAACAUGCUAUCCAGCAAAUCAAAGGUUGGGAUCAUCUUGUAAAAUUAGAACAUCCCAUUCAGUAUAAUCUGGAUAAAAGUAUAUUAGAACGCGAAUAUCCUGUCGUUAGUCGUUGUAGACAUUCUAAAUAUCCAAUGAUAUCAGUUGAUGAAGCACUUCAGAAGAUAUUCGCCGUGUGCAGUUUUGAGAUGGGGAUUGAAGCAGUGUUUCAUAAAAAUGCUUUAGGUCGUGUUCUUGGUCGAAGUUUAAAGUCACGUCAGUGCAUUCCUCCUGUUGAUGCGAGCAUGAUGGACGGAUAUGCUGUUCGAUUUAUGGAUGGUGCUAGUCAACUAAAAGUUGUUGGUGCGUCGUAUGCUGGGGAUCAUAUGUGUGCAGGUAGAGAGUUAGUUGUUACUCCAGGCACAUGUGUUCGUGUUAGUACUGGCAGCCCUAUUCCCUCUGGAGCUGAUUGCGUUGUUCCAAUAGAGAACACCAAACUUAUCUCUAAACGAAAAGGUGGACAUGUAGAUCUUUAUUUAGAAGAGGAAGACACGAUUGAAGUGACUAUUCCACCUGGAAGUAUUCGGCAGUUCAUUCGUCCAGCUGGUGUCGAUUUAGACAAGAACUUUGUUUUUAGGCGAGGACUACGCCUUGGUUCAACGGAAUUAGGGUUGAUUUCCGGUGCAGGUUUGCUAACACCUUGGCCAUCUAAUCAUGCAGAUUAUGUCAAGGCAAAUGAAGGUUCAAUUCCUUACGCGGUUUUAGAUCGUCUUUUGCAAGGCGGAUACCUACCCUGUCUAGAGCAAUGUCGCAUUGGUGUCUUAUCGACUGGAAAUGAGGUUUUAGAUUGUGUUGUUUCUGAAACAAAGCCUUUUGUGAGAGACAGUAACCGCCCUGUUUUAAUCAACCUACUGCACAAACAUAAUUAUUUUAAUGUUGUAGAUUGUGGGAUUUUAACCGAUGAUCGAAAAUCCUUAAGAAUGGGCUUGUCCAGGGCUUUAACCUUGUGUGAUAUUCUUAUCACAACAGGCGGCGUAAGCAUGGGUGAACGUGAUAUGGUUAGUAAGAUACUAAUCGAAGAUUUUAAUGCAACUCUCCACUUCGCUCGAGUGUUUAUGAAACCAGGGAAACCAACAACAUUCUUAUCUAUACCUCAUCAUGAUAAUUCAGCCAUCGCCGCUUCUACUACCACUAAACCAAAGCCUGUGUUAGCAUUUUGCCUACCAGGUAAUCCUGUGUCAUGUUAUGUAACAGCGCAUCUAUUUGUUUUGCCCUUAUUAAGGAAGUUGGACUUACGACCUCUUGAAGAAUGGUGCUUUCCAAGUAUUCAUGUACGGUUGUUACAUUCUGUUAAACUGAGUGAUCGUCCAGAUUACAGACGUGCCAGAUUAGUUUGGAAAGAGAAUUCAGAAUGUAACCAACCUUCCGUACCUUGUGCAUCUUGUGAUAUGAUGGAGAAUCAAAUGAGUUCUUGCUUAGCUAGUUGUCUUAAUUCUAAUUUGUUACUGGUACUACCUCCCAUUGUUAAUGACGGACCACAGGAACUUCCUGUUGAUUCUGUUGUUAAUGCUUUAGUUAUUGAUUCGAUAUUUUAAAGUUGAACGCUUCACAUUGAAUAGACCUAUCACUUAAUUAAAUUAUAAUCUGACUACUGUUGUUUAUUUUCGUGAUUAAGAAUAAAAUAUUUGUUGAGCA